CUUCUCAUCGCAAUCCCUCCCUUCUUCUCCGGUUACAGUAGAUCCAUCUAUCUUCCUCUCGCAUCGCACUGUGCUGUCAGUAUCAGAUAGACCGAGCUGCUUCCAUGGCGAAAAGCGGGCCGAAUUUUUGUACGAUAGGAAGCUCUUCCCCGCACCUGUACCUGUCCCUGCUUCUGGCCGCUCACUGGGUGUCAUUGCCGGGCCACGUACACGGUGACAGCGGUGCUCUGCACCGGAGCAGCGGAGAGGGGACGCUUGACAAGAGCGGCGGCGGAGUGUUUGCGCGGAGCUUCGCCGAUAGCGGCGGAGAGCCGGGCGCCGCGGGAGCCGCACGCUUCAGGAGAGCACCAUCCCAGGAGAAAGUGUCCCUUCUGAGCAGCUCCUUCGUGCUGAAGGGGGACGCCACUCAUAACCAGGCGAUGGUUCACUGGACCGGCGAAAACAGCAGCGUCAUCCUCAUCCUCACCAAGUACUACCAUGCGGAUUCUACGAAGGUGCUAGAAAGCUCCCUGUGGAGGUCUAGUGACUAUGGCACCACCUACACCAAGCUGAACCUGAUGCCAGGAACCACCAUCGUCGUCACCAACUUCUACAUCUGCCCCACCAAUAAGAAGAAGGUGAUACUCGUGAGCUCCACCAUCAACGAGCGCGACCAGAUGCUCUUCAUCAGCACAGACGAGGGCACCUCCUUUCAGCGGCAGCCGCUCUCCUUCACUGUGGAGACGCUCCUCUUUCACCCCAAGGAGGAGGACAAGCUGCUGGCCUACAGCAAGGAGGGAAAGCUCUAUGUGUCAACAGACCUGGGCAGGAAGUGGACGUUGCUGCAGGAACGUGUCAGCAAGGAUCGAUUUUUUUGGUCUGUGGCAGGCGUGGACGUCGACCCGGACCUGGUGCACAUGGAGAUGCAGGAGACCAGCGGAGGCUUUCUCUACGUGACCUGCCUCAUACAGAACUGCUCGGACAAGAUGGUGACGGCACAGUUCCUCGGCAAGAUCGAUCAGAACUCGCUGUCCGUGCAGGAGAGCUACAUAUUCGUGAAGGUGACCACUGGGAACCGCACGAAGCACUACGUCUCCUACCGGCGGAACGACUUCGUCCAGAUGAGGUUCCCCAAGUACGCCUUGCCCAAGGACGUCCAGAUCGUCAGCACAGAUGAGAACCAGGUGUUCCUGGCCAUCCAGGAAUGGUAUCAGACAGACACCUACAAUCUGUACCAGUCGGACCUGCAGGGCGUGUACUACUCCAUCGUUCUGGAGAACGUGCGCAGCACCAGGCAGCCGGAGGAGAAUGUUCUCAUCGACAUCCUGGAGGUCCGUGGGAUCAAGGGAGUCUUCCUGGCCAAUCAGAAGGUGGAUGGGAAGGUGACAACGCUGGUCACCUAUAACAAAGGACGGGACUGGGACUACUUGACCCCCCCAGCCACUGACAUGAAUGGCAAGCUGGUCAACUGCAAGCCGCCGGACUGCCACUUGCACCUGCACUUGCGCUGGGCUGACAACCCCUAUGUCUCUGGGACCGUCCACACCAAAGACUCCGCACCUGGGCUCAUCAUGGGAGCCGGUAAUCUGGGAUCCCAGCUGGUGGAAUAUAAGGAGGAGAUGUACAUCACAUCGGACUGUGGGAAAUCCUGGAGGCAGGUGUUUGAAGAAGAGCACCACAUCCUCUAUCUUGAUCACGGAGGCGUGAUUGUAGCCAUCAAGGACACCUCCAUUCCACUCAAAAUCCUCAAGUUCAGCAUCGACGAAGGCCGGACGUGGAAUGUUCACAACUUCACCAGCACCUCCGUGUUCGUCGACGGCCUCCUGAGCGAGCCUGGGGACGAGACCCUGGUCAUGACCGUGUUUGGGCACAUCAGCUACCGCUCCGACUGGGAGCUGGUCAAGGUGGACUUCCGACAGUCCUUCCCCCGGCAGUGUACCGAGGCCGACUACGAUUCCUGGAGACUUACUGAUCCGCAGGGGGAGCGUUGCAUUAUGGGCCAGGAGAGGAGCUACCGGAAGAGGAAGGAGUCUGCAUUCUGCAUCAAGGGCAAGAGCUUCACAUCUGCGCUGACAGCCAAACCCUGCCAGUGCACUCAGAGGGACUUCGCCUGUGACUAUGGGUUCGAGCGGGCCCCCAGCCUGAAAGCAGAGGGAGACCGCUGCUUCGCUGACUUCUGGUUCGACCCCGACUCGCCUCCAGAGGACUGCCACCAGGGGCACCGCUACGAAUCCAGCACGGGCUACCGGAAAGUGGUCUCCAAUGUCUGCGAGGGAGGGGUCAACAGGCAGCAGAGUUCCAAGCAGCACAUCUGCCCACUGCUGCCCCCUAAAGGCCUCCAGCUGGGCAUCAAGGGGCAAAUGUUGGCCGUGGCACCUGGUGAUGACAUCACCUUCACCGUCGUUCAAGAACAGGGGGACACCACGAAUACCAAAUACCAAGUCGACCUGGGCGAUGGAGUUCGGGCCAUCUACCGCAACCUGACUGUGACCGAUGAGCCCAUCCAGCACCGGUACACAAAGCCCGGUGUUUACCGGGUCACCGUGAAGGCCGAAAACGCAGCUGGGCACGACGAGGCCACGGUCUACAUCCAGGUCAAUGCCCCUCUACAGGAAGUCCACCUGGAAGUGGUUCCUAUUGCAGGAAGAAACCAGGAAGUGAACCUGACUGCCAUGGUGCUGCCUGACGCCACCAACCUGACCGUCUUCUAUUGGUGGAUCGGGGACAACCUGCAGCCCAUCCUUUCUCUGGAGAACAGCAUUAUCAUCAAGUUCCCGGAGACAGGGGAGGUGUCCGUCACUGUCCAGGCCUCCAACAGCCGCUCCAUGGUCCAGGAUACAAAGCGUGUCCGCGUCUUCGAACAGUUCCAGGUAAUCCCCCUCAGCUUCAGCAGGAACCUUGACCACUUCAACCCCAACAUUCCAGAAUGGAGAGAAGAUGUUGGAAAGGUUGUUACCAAGAUCCUGUCCAGGAUUACAGGUGUUCCCCAAGAGCUGCUGGUUACCAUGGUGAAGCCAGGUCUGCCAACCACUGCAGACCUCUAUGUUCUACCAGCAGAGGCAAAGCCAGCCAAGAGAAGUGUGCUCUUGGACAAGCAGAUCCCAUCCAUCAAACAGGCCUUCACUGAGAACAACGUCAGCUUCAUCGUCAGGGGGGGGCUGGUGGUGCUGGUGAGCCUCGCAGAGCCACAUGCAGGGAGGGUUGCUGAUUUUCCUGCCCGUCACUGCAGACUCCCUGACUGCACCUGGGCUGUUUGUGUCGCAGGGUCUGGGGGCGGCGUAGCCAGCCCUGGAAUCUGGGCAUUAAUGGUCUUCCUCAUCGUCUGCCUGAUCAGCACUGGAAGCUUCGUCCUCUACAAGUUCAAGAGAAAGGUCCCCGGGAGGAAUGUCUAUGCACAGAUGCACAACGAGAAGGAGCAGGAGAUGACGAGCCCGGUGAACCACAGCGAGGACACCCAGAACAUCAUCCAGGGGGAGGAGUUCAUCGACGACGACCUCGACUCGCAGACGCUAGGUAACGCUGGAGGCAACCACUCAGGCGUGGUCCUGAGCAUCAACUCCCGAGAACUGCACAGUUACCUGACCAGCUGAUGGUCGCAGAUCGGACGAAGAGCACAGACUCUGCCUGCCCUGUGAUUUGUUACACCGGUCCACUCCCAGCUACCCGAAGAGGUCGGGGGGGACCCUGACCCGUCGACACACCACGAUGCUACGGCAACAACCUGUUUCUUCCUCUCUCUGUCCGUGUCUCCUCCGUGUCUCGGUCUGCUGUCUGAAAGCAAGAGCACCCCCACCCCCCCCCCGCUACUCAGUGGUCUCACAAAGUUUACCUGUGUUCUGCCGUGCCCUCUGUUCACCCGCUGUUCCCAUUGGCUCUCCACUGCUGUGAUGUCGUUAACUGUACCCGUGUUCACGGGUUGUGGUGUAUAUAUAUAUUUCUCUACUUCCCAAGCUCUUCACUGCGGUUGUGGUCCCCGUCCGGUUUAAGCAGAGGGUGGUAGCAUGUGGUCCCAAUGCCACUCUGGAACGGCACAGUGCCUGCCCACGAUUAUUCAGCAGCCAUCCCCGUUUCUGACAUCGAGCAGAAGGCGCCUCAACGGCACCAUCUAGGGAAUGCCAGUGGCAACAUGUUGCUUGGACAAGUUUUAUCGAACCAGAAUUACUGGUCAAAGACAGAAAGCAAAAUGUCAGUGCUUCUAAACCCAGGGGCGUGCUGGGUAAUCUCCAGUCCCGCUCGUCAGUGACAGAAAAUGGGCAGAUUGGAGGAGUAACUUGGCUUUUUUGGGACAUCAGCUUGCAAAAGAUACAUUUAUAGAUUGAUCAUUUUAAACAUACAGUCAUAUUAUCCAUUAAUGUAUGGUGAGCACAAUGCAAUGCAUAACAAGACGGACGUUUUUAAAGCACUAAAUUCAUUAUAAUUCAACUAAACUGUGUGGAAAAACAGUGGUACAAUGAACAUUGUUUACUACUUUUGAACUGUGGAAAUGGUGUGCCAAAAACAAGCCUCUUUGGAAGUACAUAAAUAGCUUUUCAUCUACAGGUUAAUUACUCAGCGGACUGAACAUCUGCAGAUAUAUUUUUGUUUGAAACCUUACCUGAGUCUAGGGAAGAUAAUGCAAUACACAGUAUUAUUUAAGCGUGUACAGAUGGGUGCAGCAUGACGUCAGUCGUUUUAUGUUGAUGUGGAGCGUCACCAAAUCUAUCCCCUGCUUCUGGCAAUAGCUCAUAAGCCCGCUUGAAAACUACAGGCACUGGGCUCAAUGUAUCUUUGAAUUAUCAGUUCCCCCUCCACACAAUAGGUGGCAGUGUUGUCCCAUUGUGAAUAGCUCUUAUGAGUGCACCGCUUUUAGCACGUUACGUGUGCUUAUGCGUUUACUUUCCCCUACAAAAAAGGAAUAAAUUGUUUUGUAUUUUUUUACAAGACAUGUUCGUAUUUUACAUGUAUUUAUGUUUUACUGCUCUUAGUAAAUUGACUGAAUGAUAUUUUAGUUUGUCGCGAUAUUAGUCAAUAGUCCUUUUCAAAACGGAAAGUUAAUAUUUAGUUCCAUGGUGCCUCAGUAAUCAUCUUCUGCAAUAUAAAAUGCAUUUAUAGCUAACAUAAGUUGGCGGGGAAAAAAAACAAUUUUUCAAAUCUUUUCAAAUGAACAAUCAAUUCAUUUCAGACCCAAAGGUCAGAAUGCAUUUAGGAUGAGUUUGCGGGUUUACAUAUCUUGUCUACCCCAUAAUCCUGGAGGUGUGGCACUCAGACAAGGCUAUGGUGUCGUCAAGCCUAUAUUAGGCUAUGCAGGAAGUAGAGUUCCCUUUAAUUUGGUUUGUUCAUGUAUAAGAAAUACUUUGUAAAUAAUUAUUAAUAGAAUAACAUAAUACUUCACACAAAUACCAAAUUUGCACCACUUUUGGAUGUUUGACACCAGAAUAUUCAGCACUUUCAUGAAACACGUUAGUCACUAUUUUUUUGUUUUGUCAUCGUUGACAUGUAGGACUUUGCAGGUUCCCACGAAAUGCAAGUAUUUUGGCCCUUAUUUACUCAUGUUCUCUCACCUGUAUGACGUUGUCUAAAUCGUCUUGUCGUUUCGUAGAUCAGCUCAGCAGCGGGAAAUAUAUUUCCGAUGGCGUUUGGUCACGUGACACGCUGCCUUAGUAUGUGGCUGAUGUCAUCGUCUUAAAAUACUCACAAUGACAGGGUCCUCGUGCCGCUUUGUUGCGCGAAACUACAAGAGGAUGCACUCUGGGACAGGAGAGUCUAUCUCAUGACGUUGUUGUGUGCAGUAAUGAACCAGUCCAUCCCAAAGGGCGAUAGCACAGACAAUAUGAGUACUGCACUGUACUGUCAGACACGAGCAUUCUCCGGUUUCGUGAGCCCACUGUGAAUAGAGCAGAGCCGCUAAGUCAGUCUUCGUUGUUAGUUUGAAGCACCGUAUGCUGGUGAGCCUCAGCAUUCCGGCAGCCUCUGAAUUGCACUAACCCCUUCAUUUGGACAGUAAGAUUUCGCACAUGGUCUGUAUGAACACCUGCUCGCGUUGGGUCCAAGCAGCCUUAAUCUCAGUCAGUGGUGGGUUUGCGUGGUUCUGUAGAAUCCAGUAGUUUGUUCCUUUAGUUUUUGCUCCUGUCGAGCUCUUAAUUAACGGUGUUAUGAACUUACAAAUACAUUUGUCUUAACUGAGAAGCACAUGUGUAGGCCGCUGUUGAGGAAAUAUUAAAUAAAACCGACAGUUUGUUUCUCAAUUAUUUGACUCCUACUGAAUAGCAAAUAGCAUUGCUUUUAAUUACUUUAUCUUAAUUAUAAAGGAUUAGUCAUAUUUAAAACAAUGAUCACAUUUGUGUAGUAAGGGGAGAAAUAUUUGAAAUAUUACGGUUUAUGGCCAGUGGUCACAGAGCUUAGGUGCUGCCCUGAUUUAACAAACCUGAUAUAGAUAAUCAAGCCCUUCAGCAGCAUCUCAGUAUUAGAGCCAACUUAGCUUCAACAUAGCUGGCUCCAAUACUUUUCUGUAUUAGGUGUGUUAAAUCAGGAUUUCACCUAAGGUAGAUCUGCGGGAGCAGGGCUGGUGAUCACUGGUUAAUACUGUCACAGAUAUUCCUCAACUAUAAAUUUUAACAACCAAUUUUGAGAGCAUGAACAAUUUCGCCAACAAUUAAAUUAAGAGCUCGCCUACGAACAGUCACACUGUCCAGCCUGCAGGUUCUGGAAAUGUCCAACCCUGUCGUGAAGCUUAUUUUAUGAAACAAACUACUGAAUAUGCAAAGAAUGACCGGUUGCAUUAAAGGUCAUGAUUUUUUAUUAUUAUUAUUUUGUUUAAUAGCGUGGUUUGAGGCUCAUUGUUUAGAGCCGUCGCCGAGGGCUGACGUCCUGGGACGGUGUAUUUCAGCGAGUCAGUCCCCAAACCACAAACCCCAACCCUGACACUUUGACGUAGAAGAAUGGCUGAACGUGACCAAACCCUAAUACUAGGUCAGGGUAGUUUGAUAGCUUCGAUUCAGGUGUUCUCUGCACUUGCCUUAAGAGAAAUAAGUAUUCAUCUCGCUCCUUCUGGUUGUGUUCAGUACAGUUCCAGUACAAGCCGACUUGCCACGGGCAACGAUCCACGACUCUGGGCACGUUUUUGUACAUAAGGACGCUCAUGCUCGCUUGUUCUUAGUUCUUUAGUGCUGUGAUGUCUGUAAAAUGUUUAUUUUGGGGGGGGGGGGGGG